UUUGCUGUUUUCUAAAGAGCUCCAGGUGUAAUGCUUACUUUAUAUGCAAAGCUGUUACUCAAUCACAGCAGGGCAUUUAGCUUGAAGCCCCUUAAAUCAGACGGAUAAAUCAGGUGGAAAAUGGCCUUUCAUUUCUAAAAUAUGUACAAAUCCUACUAACAUUAUUAUUAUUUAAAGCGGUUCAUUACCCCUUUUAAAGGAGAGAAAUGUUAUAACAUGCUCACUGAAACACAAAAAGGGAAAACAUGGCAAAAAUAUGUUAAAAUGUAUAUGUUGCACAAAUCAUAUUGAAAUGUCAGGGUUGGCAGCGUGGCACAAUUACAGUACUGGUCAAAGUUAAGCACUGCUGUAAAGGGAAAAUGUUUUCAAAAAAAACAAUGCCAUGAAAAGUUAAUAUUUUUCAAUUAACUUCUGCCAAAUAAAUCACAUCAGUAUUGGCGUGUCGCCUGUUAGACAGCCCUUUCUCAAACACACUUAAGGUGGGUCAUCUCAAGCAUCUUUAACAAUAAUAAUAAUACUUAUGCUGACUAAUUCUAGUAAUGUCUCGUAUGCAUGUUUGCUUUGACAUGCCUCUGGAUCGAAGCUGCUUCUUCUUACCGAUAGUGAGAAUCACGAGCGCUAAAGCCACUAAUACCCCGAUGAUGAAAACGGCCUCUUCACUCAGAACCUCUCUCAUGAAACUCUCCAUGAGCUGCUCCUCGGAGAAGUCCUCUAAGUCUUCAUGAAGCUUGUGCUCCUCCAUGUUUGAACGCACAUGAGCGGUGCGCGGCGGAAGUGAGCGACACGUGUACUAGCUUCAGCGUGGUGACGGCUUACGUCAUGAAUAUUAAUGAGCAUACGCGGCCGUUACUGACCAAUCUUGAGGUACGGAGGUUGAUUAAUAUUAAUGAGCUCACCUUUACCACAGUAGCGGUAAUUAUUGAGUCGACGAUCCUUCAAUCGUUUAAUUGAGAUUGCCGGGGCGCAUGUGUUAGACUUCAAUGUACACGCACUGGAAUCCUACAAAUGUCGUUAUUUCUGCACAAACGCGGCGAGGUUUGAAUCGGCUCUGUGGGCGCUGCUGACGGAGCGCGCGCGUCCGGUUCUCCGGUGAAACAGCGACGUUCUCCGGCGUGUGUGAACCGAAGAUGGCGUCCAGCGCGGCGUCGGUGUGUCGCUACUGGACGCGCUUGGACUUGCAGCAGCUGCAGAGAGAGCUAGACAGCUCCGCCACGCUCCUAGCCAGCCGGCAGGAUGACCGCGAGCAGUCCAGGAAAAAACUCAUCGACCAGAGCCGCGACUUUAAGAAGAACACACCAGAGGAUCUGAGGAAGCUUGUGGCUCCGCUGCUGAAGAGUUUCCAGGCUGAGAUUGAUGCGUUGAGUAAGAGGAGUAAAGAGUCAGAGACAGCCUUUCUAAACGUCUAUAAACGACUGAUUGAUGUGCCGGAUCCGGUGCCGGCGUUGGAGUUGUCGCAGCAGCUGCAUCUGAAGGUCCAGAGGAUGCAUGAUAUUGAUACAGAAAACCAGAAGUUGCGUGAGACGCUCGAGGAAUACAACAAAGAGUUUGCUGAGGUCAAGAACCAGGAAGUGACCAUUAAAACACUAAAGGAGAAAAUCAGAGACUAUGAGCAGAGCAUGAGGAACCAGGCAGAGAAUCUGGCCCUGGAGAAACACCAACAGAUUCAUAAAGACUAUGCGGAGAAAGAGAGGAAGUUCCAGGAGUCGCAUGAGUCUUUGGUUGGUAAACUACAGGAAGCUGAACUCAAAGCCCAGACCCUGCAGACAGCACUUGAACGAACUCAGACAGAGCUUUUUGACCUGAAAACCAAAUAUGAUGAAGAGGCGACUGCAAAGGCUGAUGAGGUUGACAUGGUGAUGACUGAUCUGGAGCGAGCCAAUCAGAGAGCAGAAGCUGCUGAGAGAGAGGUGGAAGCUCUGAGAGAGCAGCUCACGUCAGCCAACAAAUCAACCCAACCUCUGGAUGAUGGCGAGCUGGUGUCGCGCUCGAGUCUGGAAUCGGAGCUCAGUGCGAAGGAGCGUGAGAUGCUCCAGCUGGUGGAGGACGUCCAGAGACUGCAGGCCAGCCUCUCCACGCUCCGAGAGAGCUCAGCCGCUCGGAUCAGCCAGGGUGCCGACAGCAGCACAGUGAUCGUCCCUGAGCCCAUUAAAGAGGCCACUGCUCUGUUCACAGGUGUGGGCGGCUCUCCUCAGACGGAUCUUCCUCCGGGUCAGAUGGACUCUAUGCUGUCCAUCAUCUCCAGUCAGAGGGAGAGAUAUCGCUCGCGUAACCAGGAGCUGGAGGCCGCGAACAGCUCCCUUCAGCAGACCUCACAGGCUCUUCAGAGCCAGCUGGACUGUCUGCGCGCCGACAACAUCAAGCUCUACGAGAAGAUCAAGUUUCUGCAGAGCUACCCAAACAGAGCUGGAGACAGUGAUGAUACAGUGAUGCGUUACUCGUCUCAGUACGAGGAGAGACUCGAUCCCUUCGCCUCCUUCAGCAAAAGGGAGCGUCACCGGAGAUAUCAGAGCCUCAGCCCGUGGGACAAGGCCACGCUCAGUCUGGGUCGUGUGAUCCUGUCCAAUAAGAUGGCCAGAACUGUGGCGUUCUUCUACACGCUGAUGCUGCACUGCCUCGUCUUCCUGGUGCUGUAUAAAGCCGCCUGGAGUGAGAGUAUCGGUCGGGACUGUGCUGCAUUUUGUGCAAAGAAAUACUCAGACCACCUGCACCGUUUCCAUGAGGAUGGAGACACGUGGCAGUAGCAGCUUCUAUCCACUAGAGAAAGCUGUUCACAUCAAUCAUAUUUUUAUGACGUGAGAAUGGUAGAUUGUCAUUGAAUUACUGCUACUGGGAGCAGGUUAGUUAGGGGAUAUACUGGGUUAAAUAUUAAAUUGACUGGAGGUUUAAAGGUUUGAUGCUGUUAAUUUACAUAACGAGAUGUUCUGCAGGUCAUGUUUUGAGCAUUUUCUUUGUUACUGUCCAUUUUUACUUCAAUGAAAUCAAUCAGCUCUAACAUCUGAUUCUAAUGCUUUACAGAGAUAAAAAUCAGCGGUAAUGGUUUAUUCAACCUUGUGCCUGGUACUUCGACACAACGCAUCUGACAAUAUUUGUAUCCCUUUAUUUUGUAUAUUUAACUGUUGGGACUUUAGGUAUAGUCUCUUGAUAUUAAAUUUAAGCUUUCAGGGAACGUGUGUUUUAAAAAAAAAUAUUAUU